UGCGGAAGUGAGAUGUGGGUGCCCCUUCCCCCUGCGCACCCACCUGGCUCACCCAUGGGUGGCGGGCUCGGUGCGCCCCCCCCUCCCUGCCAGCUGCCUCCGGCCGGGGAGACGGCGUCUGGGAUCCCAUGUCAGUCCCCGCACCCAGUGCAGGCCAGGGCGUCACCCCCAGGGUGCCGCUCCCACACUGGGGGGGCCUCCCCACCUCCAGCGAUCACUUCCCAUGCCCAGCUGGUCUGGGAGAGGUCUGCGGGCGUCCCGGCCAGGCCCAGGCCCUGUUGCUGCCUGGGCCUGAGGGCCCCGGGGAGGAAGGGGCAUUGUCCCCGAGGGCCACCCCCACGGGGCCCCUGUCGCAAGCCAGCGGGCACCUAGGCCGGGCUCGGGGCUCUGUUUACUGCCAGCCAUCGCUGUGGAGACGGGCAUGGGAGGGGGGGCGGGAGCUGCUGGCUGGAAACGCGGAGCCAGUGCAGGAAAGAGGAGCCAUCGGGGACACUGAAAUUUUAAUUCGUGGGUCACUCGGGGGGUGCUUAUUGUUGGGCUCUGACUGGCCGCGCCGUGGCCAAUCAGCACCCUGGCCCAGGCUGGCCGGCCCUGCUCAGUGGGCGGCCCGGAGGGUCACCGAGGGUCCUUUGCUCUGGUGGGAGACUGAGGCCAGGCCGCGGGGAUCUGGGGCCACCGGGUCCUUGGUACUCUGCAGACUGAGGGCUUUGGCUCAUUUCCCUCUUCCCGGGAGGCUGUGAGGCCGCCUGGGCGGGAAGGCAGGGUGAGAGCCUCGGACAGGGGACACUGAGGCACAGGCAGGCCCAGAGCAAGCCAAGGUCACCCGGCUGGGGCGCCGUCUGACCCGCUCCGUCCUGCGGGGGCACGGUCGUCCACGCGGAGGGCCCCAGCUGAGGCGGGGGUGCCUGCCCGCCAUCCCCGAGGAGGGCCAGCGCUUGGUGAGGUACGCAUUGUCACCGAGCACCUCGGGCUCACGGCUCCGUCCAGAGGUGCUGUUGCGGUCAGAGACCCCUGCAGGCCCUCAAGGUCAUACAGCAGGGGACACGGACCCUGGCCUCCCUCCUCCCACCGCCGGUCACCAUCCGCACCUUGGCCCUCGGAGGUGGGUCAGGCUUAGGGGAGACCGAGGUCACCUUCCAGCGCCGGGACUCCCAGGAGGGGGCCUGUGGGGGCCAAGUGCAGGCGCAGACCCCGGUGCCCUCCACUGGAGGGAGCGCCCGCAGCUCAGGGCGGGCCGGGGACUGGUGGGCGCAGGGCACCCGUGACGCUGGGACACCCCACUCCCGCCACCUGUGCUCCAGGCACCUGCAGACCGCCCCCGCCCCCAGCAACCGGCUCCCCCGGGGCCUGCGGGCGGUCACGUCCCUAGGCCAUCGCAGUGUCCCCAGCAGGACAGAGGGGACAUGUUCUUGAGCCCCACGGGGCCGAGCCACAGUGUGCUCCGUCGUGCCCGGUGUCAGGGCCUGGCGGCCUCCUGCAUCCUCGUCCCAAAGCCCCCCACCUUCCCAGAUGGGAGCCUGGCCUCUGCCCUAGCCUGGGCUCCCGAGAGGCCCCGUGGCUGGGCUGGGUGGGGGGACUUCAUCCCUGCUGGGACCUUGGGAGGAGGAAGCCCUGGGAGGACCAGUUCGGCAGGACCCAGCGCGGGCCUGUGUUCACAUUCCAGCUGUGCUGUGUGACCCUGGGCAGGGCGCGUCCCCUCUCUGAGCCUGUCUUCAGCCUACUAAAUGGGCCGUGGUCACAGGGCCUGCCUGCCAGGGCCUCCCAGGUGAUGUGUCACGGGGCGGUUUUCCGAAGAUGGGUUCGAACUCUUCACCCCCCACACCUCUCCCCAGCCCCCAGCCCUCGGGCCGAGCCUUGAGCUCAGGACACCGAAGCACAGAAGCGUCCCGCGGAGGAUCUGGCUCUGGCGCAGAGCAUGGCCGGAGGCCCGGCCCCUCCAUCUGUCCCCCCAGCAGGCUGUGGACGGCCACUCGGUCUCUGGAAGCGGUCUCCACCCACGCCUUUCUGGUUUGACUGGAAGAGGAGGCCCGGGCCCACCUCCCUCCAGGAUGUCUCGGCGCGGAAGAUGGCCAGCGGCGUGGACGGCCCCAUCGGGAUCCCGUUCCCCGACCACAGCAGCGACAUCCUGAGCGGGCUGAACGAGCAGCGGACGCAGGGCCUGCUGUGCGACGUGGUGAUCCUGGCGGAGGGCCGCGAGUUCCCCACGCACCGCUCGGUGCUGGCGGCCAUAGUUUGCAGCUUUGCCUUCAGGGCAGGCACAAUGAUCUCGUCCGUGGGCCGCGCGGGGGCGGCCGGCGACAGUGACGAGGAGUCGCGUGCGGACGACAAGGGCGUCAUGGAUUACUACCUGAAGUACUUCAGCGGCGCCCACGACGGCGACGUCUACCCGGCCUGGUCGCAGAAGGUGGAGAAGAAGAUCCGGGCCAAGGCCUUCCAGAAGUGCCCCAUCUGCGAGAAGGUCAUCCAGGGCGCGGGCAAGCUGCCGCGGCACAUCCGCACGCACACCGGCGAGAAGCCCUACGAGUGCAGCAUCUGCAAGGUCCGCUUCACCAGGCCGACCGGGCCGGGGCUGGACCGCAGUAGCCGCGAGAGGUCUGGCAUUUCUGGAGCCGGGCCACCACGGCACCGUGGCCACUUCUCUGGUCACCUCGCUCCUCAGAUGAUCUCGUCCGUGGGCCGCGCGGGGGCGGCCGGCGACAGUGACGAGGAGUCGCGUGCGGACGACAAGGGCGUCAUGGAUUACUACCUGAAGUACUUCAGCGGCGCCCACGACGGCGACGUCUACCCGGCCUGGUCGCAGAAGGUGGAGAAGAAGAUCCGGGCCAAGGCCUUCCAGAAGUGCCCCAUCUGCGAGAAGGUCAUCCAGGGCGCGGGCAAGCUGCCGCGGCACAUCCGCACGCACACCGGCGAGAAGCCCUACGAGUGCAGCAUCUGCAAGGUCCGCUUCACCAGGCAGGACAAGCUGAAGGUGCACAUGCGGAAGCACACGGGCGAGAAGCCCUACCUGUGCCAGCAGUGCGGCGCCGCCUUCGCGCACAACUACGACCUGAAGAACCACAUGCGCGUGCACACCGGCCUGCGGCCCUACCAGUGCGAUAGCUGCUGCAAGACCUUCGUGCGCUCCGACCACCUGCACAGGCACCUCAAGAAGGA